UAAGUCGAAAUGGCAAUUAUACCCUUCAUAAUCGGUAGAUAAAAUUAUAAUCGAUAGUUUCCCUCCAUAAUCGGUAGAUGUUAGGAUAAUCGGAGGGUAAUAUGUACAUAUAUAGUUUUAAAGUUUUGUUACUUUGAAAUAACUUACAAUUUGAGGGUAUUUAUUUACCGUGUCUCCCGAUUAUGAAGUUGACCCAAAAUUGAAAUUUGAAAAAGUCUCAAAUUUUUCGAAUUUGGGAGCUACCACUAUCUGUAGACAAUACUACAAUAGGUAGUGUAUAUCGGUAUAAAUGAUUGCAGAAAUAAAACAAAGAAUGCGCCACAUCCCAGUCUACGAUAUCCAACACACAUAUCGAGAAGGAAAUCAAGUAGCAGACGGUCUAGCAAAUGAAGCGGCGGAUGGAAGCCAAUCAACAAAUUUCUCAACCAAAAUUCCUCGAUUUGACUGCCAAUCUGACAGUAGUUUAUUUUAGGCCAAAGCGGCUACUAGAUUUCCAGAGGAAUCUAUUUCCUUUUCCAAAUCGAAACUCUCCUCUAUUUCCCCUGCUUCCUAUUUUCUAACUAACUUUUUCCUAUAAGUAGAAAAUUAACCUCUGAUUCUUCUUUUGAAAGCACAGAGAUUAACAGUAGAACAGAAAUUACACCUAGAACAGAGUAUUGAGAUUUUCUUUUUUCCUUUAAUUUUGUGAGAAAGUGAUGGGUGGAGGUGAAAAGUUAUCAUCCGGAGACAAGUUAAUAGCAUUGCUUCCAUACUUAACAGAGGGAUUUUGUGAAGGAUGCGCAGUUUUAUUGCAGAAUAGACUUCAAAAUAUUGGAAAUUUUGAUGGAAUUUCGAUGUCGAAUGGUCAGAACUCUGAGAAUGCAGCAGGUGGUUGUUCUGCCCAUACGCCAGAGAAGAGUUUGAUUUCUUCGCCGGCAUCAUCUAUCGUUGCACAAAAGAAUGAUAGCCCUUCAUGGGGAUCAUCUAAGACUCCGUUAAAUUUUAAUGGACAAAUAAGUAAGAAUUUCUCACCUGCUUCAGCGAGCAGUCAACCAAGUACACAAUCGAAAGUGUCUUUACUAGGUGAUGAUGAAUCGGAUGAGCAAGUUAGAUUAUCACAAGUUGGAAGGAAGAAGGAUUAUACGCACUUUGAGAGAGUUGAUGGGAAGCAAAUUAACGUGCUUAGAGGGCUUGAACUUCAUACUAAGGUUUUUAGUGCUGAGGAGCAAAAGAAAAUUGUUGAUUAUGUCUACAAGCUCCAAAAGAUGGGACAGGCAGGAAAACUUAGAGAGCGCACUUAUACCGAACCAUCGAAAUGGAAACGCGGUAAAGGACGGGUCACUCUUCAGUUUGGUUGCUGCUACAAUUAUGCAGUGGACAAAAAGGGAAACCCUCCGGGUAUUAUACGAGAUGAGGAUGUUGAUCCUUUACCGCCUAUGUUCAAAGAGAUGAUAAAGAGACUUGUAAAGUGGCAAGUUCUUCCACCGAGCCAUGUUCCAAACAGCUGCAUUGUUAACAUCUAUGACGAAGGAGACUGUAUCCCUCCUCAUAUAGACCACCAUGAUUUUGUUCGGCCAUUUUGUACCGUCUCAUUCUUGACCGAGUGCGACAUACUGUUCGGUGCUCACUUAAAAGUUGUUGGGGAUGGAGAAUUUUCUGGUCCCGUAUCAAUAGCUUUGCCAGUUGGAUCUGUGCUUAUCUUAAGUGGCAAUGGGGCAGAUGUAGCUAAGCAUUGUGUUCCUGGAGUCCCUUCCAAAAGAAUCUCCAUUACUUUUAGGAAGAUGGAUGACAGCAAAUUGCCAUACGACUUCUGUCCAGAUCCAGAGUUGAAGGGCCUUGAACAAUUUAGGAGAACUCCAUCAUCAACCAAGUUAAUGACUCCACGGGUUCUGCAAUCUCGCACCCCACAGCAAAACAUGCAUCCUAGCAGCAACUCCGUCCUGUUAAAUAACCAACUCAAGGAGAUGAACAACAUUGUCACCCCCACCAACAUUGACUUGGGGCAAGACAAUUUUCCUUCUCUUGGAAGUUCAAACAAUAAGGCUAGAAGACGAGGGGCCUAGCUCUUAGGCAGCAGGACUUUUGUAUUGUAGCUUAUUUUUUAAGCAGUUUGUGCGACUUUUUAUUCGUUUCAAACAUUUGAUCAUCAUCAGAAAAAGGGCAUAUAAUGUUAUAUUCACUUAUUUGUAUUCUAUUGAUCAGAUAAGAAGAGGUUAAUAAAAAUCACUGUCCAGAAUUUUUCUC